UCGACUCUGCAACCGUCCACCACCACCACAUUUCGCCGCCGCCACUUUUCACUCCACUCAACUAACACCUUCUCACCCUUUUCGCCUUUCCGCCCUUCCCCUCUUCACCGGCAACAACAACAAUGGUGGUGGUGGUGGUUUAUGGGGUAAUAACCCUUUUGACUCAGAUGAUUUCUCUUCAUCUUCUUCAGAACCUGCAUCUACUGCGGCAUCUUGUAGCGGAAACACCGAGGAGGAAAGCUCUGAAGUAAUGAUAUCAACAAAGAUGACAGAACCGGCAUAUACUGCGGCAUCUUGGACUGAAAACACCGAGGAGGAAAGCUCGUCACUGCCUCCUGAAAUAACAAUCGGAAUUGACAUUGGCACGUGGCCAUGUUGUAUUUCUGUGUGGAAUGGUUCCGAAGUGGAGCUUUGGAAAAAGAACAUAAACGAGAUGAUGAAGAGAUCUUGCGAAACUUCCAAAGAUCGUGACUCUUCUAUUGGAGCUAGUAGUACUGAAGUCUCAAUCUGCCUAGAAAAAGAGAUUAAAAUCUUAUACAUGAAAGACUUUUGUAGCACAGUUUUCGGUGAAAAUGCAAGUUUUCCGUUUCUGAUGCAUACCGUGGAUAUUAAGGUUCGCCCUUUUGUUGCUGCAUAUGUGAACAAACUGUGGAAAUCUGCUACUGUAGAAGAACUACUUGGAAAAUUUAUGAUAGAAUUGAGAUCAAUGGUUGAAACUCAUCUGGACAAACCUAUAAGAAAUGUAGUGUGUACAGUUCCAGUUUCAUUCAGUCAAUUGCAGCUAAACUGGAUACAUUGCGCUUGUGCGAUGGCCGGUCUUAAAGGUAUCGGACUGAUGCCUAAACCAACAGCAGUGGCUUUGUGGUAUGUGGUUCAUCAACUGACUUCUUCUGCUUCUAACAAUGAAAGCAUGAAAAUUGCUCUCAUUUUUAAUAUGGAUGCUGGUUAUUGUGAUGUUUCUGUCAUUGAAGCAGAAAAAGGAAAAUUCCGAACAAAAGCCUCGACAGAAAGUUCUAUUGGUGGAGAAGAUUUGCUUGGAAAUAUGAUGUCUUAUCUUUUACCUGAUUUUGAAGAGAUAUUCAAGAGACUUGUUCAUUGGAAUUCAGAAAUUAUAUUAAUGGCUUUUCUUCGAAGUAGAAUCCAUGACGUGAUUACUAAGCUUUCGUCUGAGACAAGUGUUGAGGUUGAUUUAGAUUUGGGAUAUGGUUUGAAGAUAUGCAAGGUUGUAACGCGGAAGGAGUUUGAGGAAGUUAACAAAGAGGUGUUUGAGAAGUGUGAAAAGUUAAUCAUCCAAUGCUUGCAAGAUGCAAAGAUAGAAGUUGAGAAUAUAAAUGAUGUGAUAAUUGUCGGUGGAUGUUGUAAUAUACCAAAGGUGAAGAAUCUUGUUACUGAAAUAUGCAAUGGAAAGGAAAUUUAUAAAGGUAUGAAUCCUUUGAAUGCUGUACUUUGUGGUGCCGCGGUAGCAGGAGCUGUUGAUGAUGACAUUGGUAACAUGGACUUGUUUGCUUCUAGUAAAUGGAAAGCAAAUUUAUAA